AUGUCCUACGCACCCCGACGAACGACGUUUGUCCCGACAUCAGCUCUGUCAGCGCCUUUAGCUGGGGGCGCGUCUCAGUACAACUCAGUUCUGCAAGUCCGGAUCGCGGAGAAGAAGCAGGAGCUUGAGAGUCUACAAGAGCUGCGGGAUCUGAGCGCUGGAUUUGCGCAGCAGAUGGAGCAGUUGCAGGAGAAGCUUGCGACGCUUGUGGAUGGGACUGAGGCUGUUGCUCUCAUAGUUAGUAACUGGGACAGCGUCCUCCGCGCAAUCAACAUGGCAUCAGCACACAUAAUCGCUCGCGAAGGCAACACCGCGCAAAACGAACAAGAUCUGACAGAAGACGAGCAGCGGGAACUAGCGCAGCAAAGAAAAGUACAGCUUCCAGAGAAAUUGGUUCGUGUGCGCUUAGAGAAGGAGGAGCAGGAGACGAAUUGA